UGCACUUCCUGGUUUCCUGUCACGAACGUGCAUCUCUUCAUUGCUUAGCAAAAAAUUGCACAGAAACUUCAAAACAUUUCUAAAAUGACAUUUACCACAUUGUUGUUAAUGUUACAAAUUUCAUAUCAUUUAUAUCAUUUCGCUUAGCUAUUACACAAACCCCAUAUGACAACUUAAAGAAAAUGGCAAAUCACAAAAUGUAUUUUUACUGAGAAAUGAUUUAAUGUGUUGGCUAAAUAUAGCUUAAUAGGAUCUAAUUUCGAUACAAAUGGCGUCUGAUGUGAUGAAGUCGGUGACUCCAAGCUCUGCACUGAACAAGAGUCUGAAUAGUGGAAGUCACCAGACAGAUGGUGCAUUUCAUUGCAACAGUGGCUACUUGAUGAACACUCUAGGACUUUUUCUUCAGUUUCUGUUGGCCAUUUUAGCAUUUACCUCAUUGAUAUUGAAAAGAUACUGUGAACCAAGAUAUGAAAGAAGACCAUGGAAGAUAUGGUUUUAUGACACAUCUAAACAAGCAUUUGGUGCUGCAGUUAUACAUUUUGCUAAUGUCUUUCUUGCCGAUGCUUUUCAAGGAGACCCAUGUACCUGGUAUGUUGUAAGCUUCAUACUGGAUUCUACAAUUGGUUUGUUUGUGAUCUACAUAGGCCUAAAGUUAACACAAGUAUUUGUGAGAAGAAAUAAGAUGGAGACGCUAUACUUUGGAGAAUAUGGUAGUCCACCAAAGUGUAGUUCAUGGGUUGGGCAGUGUGGUCUGUACAUACUGGUGAUGAUUAUAGAAAAAAUGCUCAUGACAGGGCUAAUCCAGUUUGAUUUCUGGGCAGAUGUACGACGUAUAAUCAUGUCUCCAGUGAAGGAUCCUAACGUUGAGUUAGUGAUAGUCAUGUUUAUUGUCCCACUGGUUGUGAAUGCAUUUAUAUUUUGGGUAGUGGACAAUUUUCUGAAGAGGAGAACUAAAGACACAAAGACUAUAUAUGUGAGUGACAGUGACCAUUCUGUGCGAUAUAGCCGAGGCGAGGACACCGCAAGAUUGUAUAAUCGUAUAGACAGGACCGAAGACGGAGACUCAGAUAUCAUACUAACAGAUGAGGACGGGGAGCUUCGCCAGAGGCACAGUAGUGACAACGAUGUUGCAGAACUGCUCAUCACUUGAUAGUGUCUCAAGUGCUACAUUAUUUAUAAAUAUAAUAGAUUUGCCAGCGCUUUGACAAAAUUAGUAUUCACUGCCAUUUUGAGUCCCUCUUUUGUUUUCCUUGAAAAUCCAAAAUGAGGGUUAUAUAGAUUCUGUAUGUAUACAUUUACCUGAUACAUUAUCUGGUAGUUUGCAAGGUUGCACAUAAAGUAGAUUUGAAGACGAUGAAUCCAGAUUUUGUAUGUUCAGUCCUCAAACUUGGGAGGAUUUGAAAGAAGACAGUUUCUCUUAUUAUUUGGGGAAACUC